UCUCUCUUUUUCUUGCCUAACUAUCUCACAAUUCCAAACCCGAAAAGACGAGAGAAUUAUGGAAUUAGAACGAAACCAGAUAACCACAUGGGAAGGAUAUGUUAAUUGGAGGAACAAGCCAGCUCUCAGAAGCAGUCAUGGUGGCAUGUUUGCUGCUUCCUUCGUUUUAGUGGCGGAAAUAUUUGAGAAUCUGGCAUAUAUAGCCAAUGCAAGCAAUUUGGUGUUGUAUUUGAACCAGCACAUGCACAUGUCCCUUUCCAAAUCAGCCAACAGUGUCACAAAUUUCAUGGGAACGGCGUUCUUCCUUGGUCUGCUUGGAGGUUUCUUAUCUGAUGCUCUUUUCACCACUUAUCACAUCUACCUCAUAAGUGCAGUGAUUGAACUCCUGGGAUUAGUUGUGCUCACUAUACAAGCUCGUUCACCUUCACUGCAGCCACCAAAAUGUGACUCAGCCACCACCCUAUGCCAUGAAGUUAGUGGUGGAAAAGCAGCAAUUUUGUAUGCAGGACUUUAUUUGGUGGCUCUUGGAAUUGGAGGGUGUAAGGGGUCAUUACCAUCACAUGGUGCUCAACAAUUAGAUGAGAACACCCCAUCUGGAAGGAAGCAACGAUCAACCUUCUUCAACUACUUUGUGUUUUGCUUGUCAACUGGUGGCCUUAUUGCAGUUACAUUUGUGGUGUGGGUUGAAGAUAACAAAGGGUGGGAAUGGGGUUUUAUAAUCUCUACUAUAAGCAUAUCUGUAUCUUUCCUAAUAUUUUUGGCAGGCUCAACUACCUACAGAAGCAAGAUCCCUUCUAGAAGUCCACUUACAACUAUUUUGAAGGUACUAGUUGCUGCUACACUUAACGGUUGCUUCAGGAGAAAUUCUAGUAAUAUUAUGGUGGAAGAAUAUGCCGUAGAAAACAAGGGGACUGAAGCUCCAACCAAUACCUUAAAAUUUCUCAAUAAAGCAAUUGAAAACAACACACAGUGUUUAGCAAUGAAAUGCACUGUGGAGGAAGUAGAAGAUGUGAAGAUAGUGUUAAAAGGACUACCCAUAUUUGUUUGCACCAUUAUGCUAAAUUGCUGCGUGGCUCAGCUAUCCACUUUCUCUAUUGAACAGGCUGCAACAAUGAACACCAAACUUGGUUCCUUCACGGUGCCACCAGCCUCCUUAUCAGUUUUCCCAUUGGUCUUUAUCUUGAUUUUGGCACCAAUUUAUGACCACAUCAUCAUCCCAUUUGUAAGAAAAGUAACCAAAACAGAAAUGGGCAUCACUCAUCUCCAACGAAUUGGAAUUGGAUUAGUCCUCUCUAUAAUUUCUAUGAUAGUGGCAGCAAUUGUUGAAGUAAAGAGGAAACAGGUAGCCAUUCACUCCGGCCUCAUAGAUACAACCAAACCAUUACCCAUCACAUUUUUUUGGAUUGCUCUCCAGUUCUUGUUCCUUGGUUCUGCUGAUCUUUUCACCCUUGCUGGGAUGUUGGAAUUUUUCUUCACAGAGGCACCAACUAGGAUGAGAUCCUUGGCUUCAUCACUUUCUUGGGUCUCUGUGGCUUUUGGGUACUACCUAAGUUCAGCAAUUGUAUCAAUAGUGAAUAGAGUCACUGGUAAUGCCUCUCAUAAACCGUGGCUAUCUGGGGCCAACCUUAACCACUAUCACUUAGAGAGGUUUUACUGGCUUAUGUGUGUGCUUAGUGUGUUGAAUUUCUUACACUACCUGUUUUGGGCUAUUAGAUACAAAUAUAGAGGAAAAGGAACUACAACUGAAUGAAAAAAUUGAAAGGGAAGUCUUCAAGUGGUUUAAA